AUGAUUUAGAUUCAAAAUUCUAAAUUCUUGAAGAAUAUGAAUAAGGCAAUGAAAUAACAAGAUUAAAUUAGAAAUAUUGCAAUAUCUGGUUUCUUUGAUAAUGGAUAGAAAUACUUAUUCAAUAAUUUAAUUUAAAAAUGGGGAAUAUAAGUCAACAAAGAUUAAGUGAUUGCUGAUAAUGAAUAAGAAUUUGGAGAGGAAUUUGAAUCUGAAUGUAAUAUUAAAAAUUUAUAUUAUAAAAAUAAAACCAAUAACAAAGGAGAAGAAGAAGGUUAUCUGAUAAAUUUAAUGAAAUCUUAAAAUAAAUAUUUUAAAUAGACAGAAAAUUUAUCAAGAUUAUCAGAUGGAGUUAUUAUUAUAAUUAAUUUUGGAAAUGAAUAAAAUCAUGAAAUAGAAACAAUGAUAAGAACUUUUUUGAAAGAAUAAAAUCAUAUAGUGUUUUUUCUAAAUAAAAUUGACAAAGCAUUUUUAAAAUAAAAUCUAAAUGGAGAAUAAAUUUUUUAAAAUUUAAAUAGUGUUAUUGAAAGAUUAACUUCAAUUAUAUAAUUAUAUGGAUAAGAUAGAAUAUUAAGUCCUGCUAAUGGUUAGAUAAUAUUUGGAUCUGCAAAAUAAUAAUGGGGUUUUUCUUGUUUGUAGUUUGCAUAAUUUUAUGAAAAGAAAUUUAGUAUAGAACAUAAAAGAUUAGCAGAAAAAUUAUGGGGUGAUCAUUAUUUUGAUCCAUAAAUAAAAUAAUGGAGUGAUCAAAAUAUAUCUAAAGAUAAUUAAUAAUUAAAGAGAGCAUUUGUUGCCUUUAUUUUAGAUCCAAUAAUGAAAUUAGCAUAAGCAAUAAUGAAUAGUUAAAAAGAUGUUGUUUAUUAAAUGAUAGAGAGAAUUGGAAUUUAAUUAAGUGAUGAUAUUAAAGAAUAAGAAGGUAAAUAAUUAUUAAAAUCAAUUUUUAAUAUAUGGAUUAAUUUAGCAGAUACAAUUAUGUAAUCAUGUAUAAUGCAUAUACCUUCUCCAAGGAUUGCUUAAAAUUAAAAGGCUGCAUAUCUUUGUAAAUAAUAUAAAGAUGAAAAAUUUAAUGAAUCAAUUAAAGAUUGCAAUCCUAAUGGGCCUUUAGUUAUUUAAAUUUGCUAAAUGAUUUCACAUAAAUAAGAAAUUAUAUCGAUUGGAAGAGUAUUUUCUGGAACAAUACAUACAGGGUAAAAGAUAAGAAUUUUUGGAGCUCGAUACAAAUUUUUGUUGGUGAAAUAUAUAGAGUAUGAAUAAAUGGAAGAAUAACAAAAUUAAUAAAUAGAAUAGACAUUUUAAUCAAUAGGUUAGACAUUUUGUUUUCCUAGAGGAGAACCUACCUUUAUAGAAUAAGUACCUUCUGGAAAUAUAGUUGGAAUAAAAGGAAUUGAUUAAUUCUUAAAAGGAACUUGUACAAUAUCAGAUAUUUAGAGUUCUAUUUAAAUGGCACCUAUAAUAUAUUAAUAUGAUUAUUAAGUUAAGAUUACAAUAGCACCUAUAAAUCCAGAAAAUUUGAAUAUUGUUCUUGAAGCUAUUAAAUAAUUAACAAAGUUGCAUCCCUCAAUCACUAUAGAAUUAGAUCCAUGUUUAAUUUUAAUAGGAAAUUCUUAUUACCAUUUACAAUAUUUUAUAGAAUAAUUAACUAACAUAUAUUUAAAAAAUGUUGAAAUUAGAAAAUCUAAUUACUUUACAAAUUACAGAGAGACUAUUACAGAUAUAUCAAAUUAAAAUGAAAUUAAGACUCCAAAUAAACAUAAUAUAUUAGGAGGAUAAGCAAUUCCAUUAAAUGAUAAUUUAGUUAAUUAAAUUGAACUUGAUAAUCAAUUAUCUAUUAAAUCCUUAAAUAAAAAUACAAAUAAUUGGUUUCAGGAUGAAAAAUUAAAAAUUAUUGCUUUUGGUCCAAAUAAAAGAGGUCCUAAUAUUCUUGUAAAUAAAUCAAAUCCUGAGGAUUGUUUUCGGCUUAAUGAAAUUGAAGAACAUUUGAAUGAAACUUGGUAAUGGUAUACCAGAGAAGGAGUACUUUGUGAAGAAUAAGUUAGAGGAAUACAAUUCAAUAUAUUAAAAUUUUAAUCUCACGCUGAUAAUAUUCAUAGAGGACCAGGUCAAAUUAUACCUACAGCAAGAAAAUUAUUUUAUGGAUGUUAAUUAUAAGCUAAACCAAGAUUAUAGGAACCUGUAUUUCUAGUUGAAAUUUAUUCAAAUAAAUCAGUCUUAGAUUAAGUUUACAAAUGUUUAAAUAAUUCAAAAGGAAUUGUUAUAGAGGAAAAGAGUUUUCCUGAAACAUUCUCUUAAAAAGUACAUUAUUUAUAUAAUUUAGAUUAAAGCACAUGUAAAAGGUCCUAACAUAUUUUAAUUUAAUGAUUCAUUAACUCUAAUGACUUAAAAUAAAGCAUACAGUUCAAGUUCAUUAGAUCAUUGGUCUCUUCUUAAUGGGGAUCCAUUAUAAAUUGGUUCUGAAGUAUAUAUAUAUAAUUAUUUUAGGCUAAUCAAAUAAUGUAAGACAUUAGAGCAAAGAAAUGUUUACCUCUACAAAUUCCAUAAUAUUUAUGAUUGAUUAAUUAAUUCAG